AUGGAAGUAGCCACCGUACCACGUACGAGGCGUCUAUUGAAGGAGGAAGACAUGACCAAGAUCGAGUUUGAGACCAGCGAGGAGGUCGAUGUUACUCCUACCUUCGACACGAUGGGCCUACGAGAGGAUCUCCUCCGUGGGAUCUACGCAUACGGUAGGGCCGGGGGUUUGUUUGGGACAGUGGGCCCAUAUAGGCAGAUACCCAAGUAAGUUAUUUGGACACAUUUUCUGUGCUUCAUGACUCAGUUACACACCCAGAACGAACACAUGCUGCGAGUAUUGUAAUGAAAAAAGCCAGAAUUUUGUAUUUGUUUUUCAUUAGUUAGCAUUAGCCAACUACCUAGCUAACGUUAGCUAGUUAACUAGCUUCAUUGUCAAUCAAUCUAGCUAACUCGCUACCUAGCUAAUGUUAGUUAACUGGCAUGCCCCACCCCCUUUAGGUUUUAGUACAUGUUGCGUUUUCCUCACUUGUUGAUGAAUAUUGAUGUGUGUGAGCAUUUUGUGCCGCAAUCUGUUCUAGCCAGUGAUAAUCAAAUUUGACACGAACAGUCUGCACAACUGGGAAAAGAUUCAGUACUACCAGCUAUAUUUUCCAGUUGCUCAAAGGAUUACAUGAAUAGUAUGUCAUGUUUAUUGAACUAUUUAACUUGAAAGAGUAUCAUGGGCCUACAUAAUUAACCAUCUUUUAUUUCUUAUUCUCAGGUUUCGAGAAGCCAUCCGCAAUCCAACAAAGGGCAAUUAAACAGAUCAUCAAGGGUAGAGAUGUCAUUGCACAGUAAGUAGUGACUGUUUACACUGGAGAACCACAACAUCCAGAGCUACAGACUAAAGAUAGUUAAAUGUUUGGAACUUGUUCGAUUUGGCUAUUCAUCAGGGGUGUAUUCAUUAGUCGGAUUCCGUUGCAAAACGUUUUGCAAUGGAAACAGUUUUCUCUAGGAACCAAACGGGGGGGGGCUUACCUGAAUUAGUCCAAUAGAAACUCACGUUUUACAUUUGGAGUAAACGGUUUCCGUUGCAGACAACGUUUUGCAACGGAAUACGACUAAUAAAUACACCCAGGGCCCUUGUUCAAAUGUUUGUUUAUAGUGGCCGUUGAAUACCAUCUUUCUCUGUUCUUCAACACUCUUCUUUCUUUCUUUAGGUCUCAGUCAGGAACAGGAAAGACUGCCACGUUUUGCGUAUCAGUGCUGCAGUGUCUUGACAUUCAGGUAUUUGAGUUAGUGUUGUUAAUAUGUGCAGACUAGGGCCCGUAUCCAGCGUCUAGGAGUGCUGAUCUUGUAUCAGUUUUUCCUUUGAGAUCAUAAUGAAUAAUUGUAUAUGAACAUGUAGGACGAGGUCCUAGAUCAGCACUCUUACUUUGAGAGACUACAUGAAUACGAGCCCUGUUGUAGGUACUGAUGUUCCGUCAUCAUUACAUAUCAGUUUUAGAUCAUCCAUCAACAUUUUGUGUUGUGACAUUUUCUCACUCGGAAUAUGUGGAGUUUGGACAGCGUGAGCAAAAUGUGAUUUUUUUGGGUUUUGUCACAGGUGCGUGAAACCCAAGCACUGAUCCUGGCUCCCACCAGAGAGUUGGCUGGACAGAUACAGAAGGUAUGUGACUGAAUAUCAAGUGUAUUCUGAUGGACUGGGGGAAAACUGCUUUGGAAAAAUUUGAAAUGUCUUGGUCAGUAGGGCACACAGUAACAAAAUGUAUUGAAACAAAGUUUUUCUAUUGGACAGGUUCAGGGUCAUGUUCAUUUGGAAACACUGUAGCAAAUACUUCAAAACUCUGUGCAAUGGAAAAUGGGAACAAGUGUUUAUUUGAUAUGUUCAGAUAGUACCUCCCUGUUUCCCUCAGUUUCAAAACGUUUUCUCCUGUUCUAUGCCGACUGAACACGGCCCAGAUCAGAACACUGGCAAAGGAUUGGAUUGGUGAUGCAUUGGCUGGAGGGAGUUUCCACCAUUGUGAAAUCCAUGACGGGGAGUGUGCAAGUGCACACUCCGUUAGAAGAGUAGAGAAUUGGGACGCAGCCAUUAUCUCCUAUUACUCAGAUGUUAACAUCCCUUCCCUCCUCUAGGUGCUCCUGGCCCUAGGUGACUACAUGAACGUCCAGUGUCAUUCCUGCAUCGGAGGGACAAACGUGGGUGAGGACAUCCGCAAACUGGACUAUGGCCAGCACGUGGUAGCAGGGACCCCUGGGAGAGUGUUUGGUGAGUUCCCUGGACCCUAACCUUCUAGUAUCGAUCUCCCAUCCACAGGUAUGAAGCAGACUAGACAUUUAAUAUCUCUCCGAAUUCUGUCACAGGAAUCAAAACGGAAUUCUGCUGUUUCAACAUUGUUUCACUUCGUGGGUUCAGUCUGGAUCUGCGUUCAUUGGAACAGUUUGUAACUUACGUAAUGAGGCUGCUCUGCAUACUCAGGACAAUAGUAAAGUCAAGAAAAUCAUUCUUCGUUGCACUGUUCGUAACCUGGCUCAGUCCUCAGUGUGAGCUGUGGGUUCCAUUCCAGUGCCACAGUAAAGCCCAGAGAGUGGCAGGGGUCCGGUACGUCUUGUACCGUUGCUCUGUUCACUCCCUGGUAACAUGACCCCCCUGUAACACAGACAGGGGAAAAAUGACAGUAAAUCAAUGACUUAAGGUCCCACUCCAGUCUCCCAAUCUCCAAAUUUUUCACAUGAUUUACCUGAGACAGAACAUUUCAAAGAACGGUAACUAGAACAUUUGCAUGAGUAGAAAAUCUUGAAUUAGGCUCACUGUACUCACCGCACGGGUCGUGUCUUCAGUCGGAGCAUGAAUUGAGAAGAGUUCCCUCCAUUUUCACACAGCGGGCUAACUGAUGCAGGCCCUGCUGUCUUUCUGUUCUUUAGAUAUGAUCCGCAGGAGGAGUUUGAGGACGCGCGCCAUCAAGAUGCUGGUGCUGGACGAAGCAGACGAAAUGCUCAACAAGGGUAAGCCAGACACGCUAUUGUGCAUUACAUAGAUGAAACGAAAGACGUCUUCCAGUCUCUCCUGAUGCCCAAAAACAACAAGAACAAGAGGUCUCAUGGUAAAGCAGGAUAAGUUACAGUGCAGCUUGUUCAGUGCUGUUUUGUCGUUCCCCCUGCACACAUCAACUAGUUUCCUACUAUCCCUGUCUGUCUGCAUCCCACGGCAGGCAGGGACGCUUGGUCUCAGACACUUUUGCACAGGAAAGUCAUUUUGACGGUCUGCACAACUUUUCCCAGGAGGUGUAGUGUAAUAUGAAGCGGAAACUGAAUAUCUUUCCCUCACCCGUCCGGCAGGUUUCAAAGAGCAGAUCUAUGACGUGUACCGGUACCUGCCCCCCGCCACCCAGGUCUGUCUGAUCAGCGCCACGCUGCCCCACGAGAUCCUGGAGAUGACCAACAAGUUCAUGACCGACCCCAAUCCGCAUCCUGGUGAAACGGUGAGUCAAGAGUUACGCGGCUGUAUAUUAGGAAGUACCACCCUUGGUUUCUAGCCUAGUGGAACCAGCCUGAUCGCUGUGUUGAGAAUGAUGACCAGGCUGGUUCAACCAGACUCGUUCAAGUUGUGAACUCUAGGGGGCAGCAUUGUGUAAUGUAUACAGAGGGGUGAAAAGGAGGGAAGUUUAAAUCAGCCGGUCCUAAAUCACUCGCUACCCCAUGGCCCUAACCCUUCAUUUCUGCAGGUCUGUAAGGUGGAAGAAAUAUGGUGGAUGCUCCAUCACUGAACUGCUUAUAUGUAUCCAGACCCUACACAUCUGCAAUCAUCCAGGGGUUAGGGGCGAGGGAUUGGGAGUGAUUUGGGACCGGCUUAGUCUGAAUAUGUGUACUUAGUCUGAAUACAAACCUCAUAUAGUCAUCAGAGAAUCAGCCAUGCUUAAAUCGAAAAGGGUCCCCACCGUUCCUGUGGCAACUUUCAGAGAGCAGAGCGAAAUAUUCCAUCUUAUCUAUACCAGUAUUUCUGACUAUUAUAUAGGCGAGUCAAGGAAAUAUUCCUUUUGGCACUGUUCGUAACCUGGCUCAGUCCUCAGUGUGAGCUGUGGGUUCCAUUCCAGUGCCACAGUAAAGCCCAGAGAGUGGCAGGGGUCCAGUACGUCUUGUACCGUUGCUCUGUUCACUCUCUGGUAACAUGAACCAAACCCCCCUGUCAUGGCAAGCUACAUGCGGCUCUCCUUCAAUUGCGAUGUAUUUUUGUUGAUGGCAUGGUUGUGCUUUUUGGGGCUUUGCGCCCUGCCUAGAAAAUAUUAUAUGGGAAGAACGGAGUUUACUGGAAUAGGAAGACCUGCACUCACUGGAAAAAAGUAUUUAGAUGUGUUCAUUUUCUUUAGCAGCAGAAGAGGUCCAAUGCUGAGUUAACCCCUCUCUUCCUUUCCCUCUCCCAGUGAUGAGUUGACUCUGGAGGGCAUCAAGCAGUUCUUCGUGGCCGUAGAGAGGGAGGAGUGGAAGUUUGACACCCUGUGCGACCUGUACGACACCCUCACCAUCACGCAGGCUGUCAUCUUCUGCAACACCAAGCGGAAGGUCUGUACACAACUAAAACAAAGUUACAUGUAUUGUGAAGUUGCCCCUAAACACUGAUCUUGGGUCAGUUUUGCAUUUCCCCCAAUAAUAGUUCAGGUUAGGAUUAGGGGAGAGGGAAGCUGAUCUGUGCCUAGGGGAAACUUCACCCUGGAGCUACUUGGGUUAUGUGGCAGCUGUUGAUAGUUAUUGUAUGUUUUUCCCCCUAGUGAGUACGGUCUCCCUUAGGUUAUAUGUACUGGUAAAAUAGUGAUGGCAGGAGUACUCCAUUGAAGGUUUGUAUUCGAUCGGUAAUGUGUACUUAAUUUUUUUAAUGCAACUAUUUAGCAGGUUAGAUUUAUAAGCACUGUCAAUGUCCACAAAUAUGUUUGUUUGUGGAAUAUGUCAAGCGCAGUGAAGAUAUGUUACGUUUCGUUUUCAGUUGUAUAUCGGAGUGAAAUACAUUUUCAAAUGCCCAUCAUUGUAAAAAAAAUGGAUUUUUAAGAAAUGAAAACUAAAAGAAGAGGUCCCAGCUAUUUUGUCGCUCUUCCAUCUCCCCGGGGCCAACAUGCUUUGACAUUGUUAGUUUGUCAAAUGAAGAAUGCCAGUGUUUCCUCAACCUCUCAUUGAUCCUGCCGAUCACACCGAUGAAUGUCAAGAAAAUCAUUGUUGGCACUGUUCGUAACCUGGCUCAGUCCUCAGUGUGAGCUGUGGGUUCCAUUCCAGUGCCACAGUAAAGCCCAGAGAGUGGCAGGGGUCCGGUACGUCUUGUACCGUUGCUCUGUUCACUCUCUGGUAACAUGAACCCCCCCCCUGUCAUAGGAUACGUCCCAAAUGGCACCCUUUUCCCUAUAUUGUGCAUUUCAGGAAUCUUGUUUGGCCUGAGCCUCUAUCUGUCCUCACUCUGCUUACGAUAGGUUGACUGGCUGACUGAGAAGAUGAGGGAGGCCAACUUCACUGUGUCCUCCAUGCACGGAGACAUGCCCCAAAAGGAGAGAGAGUCUAUCAUGAAAGAGUUUCGGUCCGGCGCCAGGUAAUGAUGAGUACAUUUUGGGUGUAUGACCACUGGGUCAAUAUUGAUCAAUAAUGAAUGUGCUCUCGUGUCAGUAGUUACUUUGUCAUAUUUCUAUGAGAAAGUUGAAGCUGGUCUUACCCAUUUCUGUUUUUAACAAACGUUUAUAAAAAAUAAAAAAUCUCACAGGAUGCAAUCGCCAAUAAUUUGCACAUGUAGUUGUGUAAUCUAGAUGUAUAUCUGAGUCGUGUCCAUCUUGUGAUGACAAGAGACGUUAGCUUAGUUGGUUGAACAGUUGGUUGAGUCUCUUAGCUGGAGGAACAUUUUGAACCUAUUACAUGACUAUGUGCUGUAUCGCGUGGAUUCUUUCUGGUCCACCUGAUAAAGAAUGUUGUCUUUCCUAUACACACCCAGAUAAAGCAUACUAGUGGGCAAAAAAAAUACAUUAUUUGACAUUCUUCAUUGCACUGUUCGUAACCUGGCUCAGUCCUCAGUGUGAGCUGUGGGUUCCAUUCCAGUGCCACAGUAAAGCCCAGAGAGAGGCAGGGGUCCGGUACGUCUUGUACCGUUGCUCUGUUCACUCCCUGGGAACAUGUCUAAGCAUUGUUCUUUUAAAUCUCCCAGGGGUGGACUUAAUUAGUGCAUACCGUAGCAAAACGUUUUGCAAAGGAAAAUGAAAACGAGGGUUUCUUACUACCGAAGUUCAGAUAGUCCCUCCCUGUUUGCGACCGUUUCAGCCCGUUUGGUUCCAAAUGAAUAUGACCUUGGUUUGGCCUAACGUGUGAUCGCUCCUCUCCCCCUGUAGCCGAGUGCUCAUCUCCACUGAUGUGUGGGCGAGAGGUCUGGACGUGCCCCAGGUGUCCCUCAUCAUCAACUACGACCUGCCCAACAACAGAGAGCUGUACAUCCAUAGGUACGUCUGGCUGCCAGCUCAGAGCACAACUAUAGAAACUGAGCGAUAUAUGGUAUGCAAUGUGGCUAUUCGGACAAUGGCUGUGUAUUUUACAUGAUGUUGAGGUAAAAAUCAAGAGUAUAAUGCUUGUAUGAAUGUCAACCCCAAUAAAUGGUCAUGUCAUCAAUCAACUGAAUUAGAGUUAAAAACGACUGACUACUACCACUCAUUUCUGUAUGCUAGUUAUGCUACCAGCUUAUACGAACGGGAGUUAGCAUUUAGCAGUCGCUUUUUCUAAACUUGGAAAGGGACAACUUCUAAAUGUUAUGCAGCGAAAACAGCCACAUAUAUCCAAAUCUGAUUUUAGUAAUCACAUUGUGGGCCUGUUACAGUACAUAAAUCAUGACGGAUUUGACAUCCACUAAAAUCAGAUUUGUUGAAUGUGUGCCAAUCCAGCGUCCAUCUAUCCCCCAUGGUCUGCAUUCCAUUGACCGCUUUAACACAUCUAUCCCCAUUACCUCCCUGAUCUCUUUCCAGGAGCCUCUGGCUCGCAUCGCAUCAAUCAUAAAUCGGCUUGUCAGGGCAAACAUUUUACUGGUGUUUUCUGUCCCUCACCCUCUCUUUUCAUAGGAUUGGCCGAUCGGGUCGUUACGGCCGCAAGGGUGUGGCCAUCAACUUUGUGAAGAAUGACGACAUCCGUAUUCUCCGUGACAUUGAGCAGUACUAUUCCACACAGAUCGAUGAAAUGCCAAUGAACGGUAAAUUAGCAUUUGUUAAUCUUCUGCCUGAAUAUUUAAUAGACAAUGUUGAUAUGUUUAGUAUUGCUGUUUUGGUUGUUCAAGCAACUAAAUGUAAGUGUUUCUUCAGUUUUAGGGCCAUUUAGACCUGGGGUUAUUUUACAAAAUGGGCAUUGACAUUAGAUGGCUGUCAUUAACAUGACAUUUUUUUCUCCUCAGUGGCUGACCUGAUCUGAGGCGCUGGUGACGGAAGUGGAGAGACCGCUUUGAUUACAUUUUGGACCCCUUUUUAUUUUACUGUUGGAAUUCUUGUCUCAUUUGCUUUGUUUUUAAUAGUAGCUUUGGAACAGCCUUCAAAUUUGUGGUGACUAUUGUAUUCUUAGGGAAAUGCCUACUGCAACCAUCAGUUAUUUUGUAAAUAAAGAACAUUUUGUUUCUCAUUUGAAUGCCAGUUGAUUUAUUUUUCCUGUUUUUAAAGGGGCAAUCUGGGAUUUGAA